AUGAAAAAAAUUACUCGAUUAGAAGACUUAUCUAAUGAAUUGUUCUUCGAAAUAUUUGGUUAUUUACAUGCAACUGAUAGUUUUACGGCAUUUUCAAUACUCAAUCAACGUAUUACAUUGAUACUGUCUUCAAUUUCACUUCGUAUUGUUGUUUCCUCACAUCAAGCAGUUGCCAUUUCUCUUGAGGAUUUCAUUCGUGAUUUUACAUCUGUUAUUUCUUUCUUUUUCAUUCGAUAUACAUUUGAAAAUCUUGAACUAUGUGCACUUUAUUCAUCACAUUGGUCAAUACAAAUACGAACUGCAUUGCAACAAUUAAAAAAAUUCUCAUUAAACUAA